AAUAAUAGAUGUUGAGUUAAGAGCACACACCCGCUUUGAAUUAUUGUCCAUUAAAUGGGAGUUCUUUGUUAAUGGUCUUCUGAUUGCAAAUCAAGUUAAUCCAGCUAAUUGGUCUUGUGAUAAUAAAAUGACUGGGGAUUAACAACCACUGACAGCAGCACCAAGAUAUUAAUUGGCAGUGAGAUUGAAUUUAAAAAAUAAAACUCCCGUUAUUAGGUUGUUUCUCAAGUUGAACAAUACAAAUUAUCUUGUAGUAUUUCAGGUUCCAAAUCAAAAGUCAAGCAAGUCUUUCAAGUUACCUUGAGCGAAUUAAGAUUUGAUUAGAAAAAAAAUAAUGAAAGACACCAGAGUGAUCCACCUUGCCUGGUUUUUUUGUGAAGAGUCAAGGCGGAGAAAAUGACAUCAAAAUCGUCCCUCCUGGUAAUCUUUAUAUCUUUUGAUGCAUAAUAUAUUCAACUGAUUUCAUUUAGAAAUCAUAAGUGAGUGAAUAGUUACAACCGGUCACACUUGACUUUAGCUAUAAAAAUACAACUUUCAUUUGUGUGAAUCAGCCUGAAAAAAAUAAAGAAACGAUAAGUUAAUAGAACCAUCCAAAUUGAAAGUCAACAAAAUGAAAUACUGUCAAUUGUUUGCUACCUUUGCGACUGUGUUUACCUUGUGUAUAACUAUUGAAGCUCGAUCAGCGGUCAAUCUGACUGAGGUGAUGAUGAAAAGAGUUUAUCGAAACAUGGAAAGUGCCAUUCUUGAUGAAGACAUUGAUGAGAUCGAGCAUAACCCAAUCGAUUCAACCAAUUCAUCACGAGGUGACAGCUCACUUGGUAGAUAUCGGAAAAGUAAGUCCAAGCCAGAUCCUGAAUUAUGUAUAUCUAUGGAGAUCGAAGCAGAUAAAAGUUUCAAAAAAUUGUUUAUGAUUGGAGAAGAUUUGAUAAUACCAAGAAAUGAAACAGAACUUCAAAUAUAUUGCAAACACGGUAAAUCAGCAAUGAAAGUUGCCACUCGCUAUGGUAAAUGUUUAAAGCCAUUUCCUCGACAAGUUCUCAACAUAAUUGUACACGGAGGGAAAAAAUCACUUAAAGAGUAUUGUGACGCAACCAAAGGUCGAGCCGAAAUCUUGAAACAUCUAGAAUGUGUUACUCCGGAGACUUCAAAAAUAUUUUACAACUCAUUGGAACAUGGAUUCCGUCGAAUUGACUAUAUUUCAGCCAAUGUUCAUGAUGAUGAUCUCUUAUCAACUUUGUGUUGUACAUUUCACUUAAUUUAUAACCAAACAAUUGACUUGGUUCGUCACCAUUGCUCAAAAUCACCGGAUUCGACCGUUAGAUUGAUCAGGACCAUCGUUGACAAUAUAGCUAAAGAUGUUCUGGAUCUUGGUUGCGGUAAAUGGCCAUCUCUGGAUUCUUGUGAUAGUCAGAUUCCUCAAAUAAUGGAAAAAUUGAGGUCAAUCAACCCACCAGAAAAAACUGAACUCGCAAAACGGUUCUUAAUUGGUCCUGUAGUUUCAAUCGCAUCACGCCUUGUAGCAUAAUCCAGUUUAUUGGAGCAAGCAAUUGUCAAGAAUGUCAACGACCACCGAUGUUAUUCCAUGUCCAUCGAAAAAUGUUUAUUUUUCAAUGGUUUCAGAUUGUAUUCACCGCUGUGAGAUCACGAAUUUCCUUUUGAUUCUUCAAAGAGUUUUCAUUUAAACUCGAAUCGAUUUGACUGGACGCACGGUUCAUGCUUAGUUAUGUAUUAACCUGAUCGAGUCUUAUGUCAAACUGAUGUUUAUCUUUUCUUGUAACUUCUUAAUUGCUGUCUCUGUAAAUAAUUUAUUUUUUAUGAUUAUGAUUCAACAUAAUGUAAAUAAAAUCAUUAACUUUAA